AUGAACAUCGAUUUGGAAAAUGCUAUUUGUUAUGACCAAGAACAACGACGUAAAAGAUAUAAAAAAAAUAAUGAAAACGCUCGUGCUCGAACUAAUCUCGCUCAACAAACAGAAAAUUCAUUGCAUUUACCCAAAUGUCAAUUAACAGAAGAAUUUUGUCAUUAUUCUCAAUUACAUGAUCUUCAACAACAAGUACAAUUAAUUGCAAAUGAAGAAAAUGAUUAUAAUGAUAAUGGUUUACAUGAUGAUUAUAAUGCAAUAGUGAAUAAAGAUAACUGUAUCAUUUCUAGUGCUGAAGAUCAUGUGAUUAAUUUUGAAUAUAAUGCAAGUAAUAAUGAUUUUUAUAUUGAUAAUGUUAGCAAUUACUCAAUAUGUUAUGAAGAUGAUAAUGAAUCAAUCAUUGAAGAGGUAUGUUUACACGAGUAUACAGAUGUUUCAAGUAAAUCUUAUUGUACUGAUCUAUUGCAUUUAUUACGAGAUGGAGAUAUUUCCAAGUCACAUUCAACACGUCUUAUUACAUUGAUUAAAUCGAUUUUACCUAUACCAAAUCAUCUUCCUUCUACAAUGGAUGAUCUUUUAUCAUUUAUGAAUGUCGACAAUUUAUUUUCUAGGCGAUCUAUUUGUUUAAUAUCUGAUAUUUAUGAUGUUAACUUGAAAGAUGUUUUAACAACAUUAGUUAAACGUUUAUCACCAAUUAUAGAAGAAUAUAAACAACAAAUCAAUAAUGAUUUUGAUGAACAAGGAACAAAAGAUAUUCCAUACAGACAUUUAUAUAAAGAAUUAUUAAAAAAACAUUCUUCAGAAAAUAUUAUUAGCUUCAUACUUCAUUUAGAUGGCGUUAGCCUUACCCGUUCAACUCGUCUUAAAAUGUGGUUAUUCAGUGCUUCUUUUGUUGAGUUGCCGUCUACUAUUCGAUAUCAUCGUUACAAUAUGAUGUUAAUGUCGAUUUGGGUUGCAUAUGCAGAACCAGAACCAGAACCACGUAUAUGGCUCAAAUCAAUUAUUUCACAAAUUCAAUCUGUGAAAUUACAAGAUAUUGUAAUUAAUGAAAAAUUAAAUUAUAAAUUGAAAAUUUAUGCCAUCACUGGUGAUUGUCCGGCAUUGAAGCUUAUUUUAGAUUUUAUCGGUCAUGGCGGUUACUUUUGUUGUUGGUUCUGUUAUAUUCGUGGUGAACAUAUAGCUGGCAAACGCCAAUACAAAUUUGAAUUACCAAUGAUUAUACGUGAUCCAGCUGCUUAUGAAGAAGAAUCCUAUCUUGCUCAAGAUAAACAAAUGAAUGUAUAUGGACAUCUAGGUGUAAGUAUUUUAACAUCAAUUCUUGAUAUACCAUUACCUGAUGCAGUGAUAAUUGAUUAUCUUCAUGUAACACUAUUAGGACAUGCAAAAUCUCUUAUAUCAAAUAUAUUUUACAGUUUGAAGCCAAUUGAACGUUUAGAAGUCGAUAGUCGACUAACAAAACAAAAUUUUCCACAUUAUUUUAAUCGAAAAAUGAAAGCAAUAAGUAAUUUUGGUUUCGUAAAAGCAACUGAAUUAAAAAAUAUGUUAUUUUAUGGCGUUUUACCAAUUUUUCAUUUAUAUCUGUCCAUUGAAAAAUUAUCUCAUCUAGCAUUAUUUGUUUGCUUUACUCGUUUAUUACAUGGUCCAUCAAUAGUUGGAUUAGAAACAAGCAAGCUUGCUGAUGAAUUAUUUCAACAAUUUUACCGUGAUCAUGAUGAACAUUAUUAUGGCCUUCAGAAUCUGGUUUUGCAUUUACACACGCAUUUUGCAACAAUGUACCAAAAUCAUGGUGCUUUAUCAAAUAUCGGAUGCUUUGGUCAAGAAGAUCUCAUUGGAUCUGUUGGGUCCAAUCAUCAUGGUACUAGAUAUUAUGGUGAAUCAAUUGCUUAUUACUAUAAUAUCGAUUUUUCUUUACAUAAUAAAUCGACAAGAACAACAACAGUGAAUGAAGCAUUUGAUCCAUUAAAUGAAUCUAUUGAUCAAUAUGAUAAUUUUCAUGCUGAACUAUGCGAUUGUGGACAACUAUAUAAAUGCUUUAAUAUUUAUCGUCGUUUUGUUAUUAAACAACAAAUGUUUCAUUCAUUGAUCUACAAGAAACGUGUUUCUCAUGAUGGCCCAGAAAAGUAUCGAGUUGUCGGUCGAACAAGUGUUCAAAAAAUGUUCAAUGAUAAAGCUGUCGUUUCCAACAUCGCCGGUGAAGUACAAAUUAUAACAUCAGGUACUAUGGAUUAUUGUCGAAAGCAAUUAAAACAGAAGGUGCAAGAAUUGGAAGGUGAAGGCGGAAACAACGAAAUUGAUGAAGAAGGUGAUGACGAUGAUGAUGACGUCAGAAGUGACGACAAUGAUGACAAUGAAAUUAAUGACAAUAAUAAUGGUGACGACACGUUGCAUGUCAAUCAAUCAUCAACAAGUCGUUUGAAACGACCUAGCUAUGGCUUUAGUACACCUGCUUUGAAACGUUCAUAUAAUAAUGGUAACUUAUCAUCACGAUCGAAUCAACGUUGCAAUCGUGAUCGUUCAUUGCAAAAUGAUGAUCGAAGUCGAUCAAAAAUUACUGUUAGUCGUGAUCGUGAUGUUAACAAAAACGUGCAUCAUCAUUAUCAAGAAAAAAUUACUGAUAAUGCUUCACGUAUAACGUGUUCCACGCAAGAUAAUAAUUGUUGUUCUGAUACAAAUAUUGAAUCUAUGUUCAAAGAUGAAAUGACUAGUGGAAUGCGUUCGUUAAAAAAAGAAGUUUCAAAGUUGAGAAAACAAGUGGAUUAUCUAACAAUUCCAUCAUUAUCUAAAAACGAUCAAUUAUCAUCAUAUCGUGAUGAAAGCGAUAAAGAAAAUUAUCCCGAUGUAGUUUCAUGGAAUGGUAAAAAUUUACUGAAAGUUGCUGGUCGAGAUGUUGGUGAUUAUGGAAGAAAACUUAUGGGUAUUUUAUUUACAGAAGAAGAAUUACGAUCCAGUAUCUUGCCAUCACAAGCUGCACACAUGUAUCAGAAAAAACUUUUGGAUGAAGAGCGUUUUCGAAUUUUGAAUAAUGCAAUACGUAUCAAAUAUCGACUAUCAGAAGAUGGUUAUCGUCGUUAUUAUAACAAUACAUUACGUGUAAAAUUAAGUCGAUUUUUAUAUGAUCAAGGGUCAAGAAAAUUGAAGCAAAAAGUAGUAUUACACGGACAGCAACAGCAAUCACCACAACAACCAAGAGCAAUAACAGUAAGUUCAACUCCAACUACUGAAUUAUCGUUUACAGCUACACAAGAUAUUCAUAAUUCCUAUACGCAUGGCUGA